UUCACCUCAGUUGAAAAAGGGUAAUUUUGAAAUGUUAUAAUAAUCUGGAUUUAAAGGAAAUGAAUUUCAAGUUAGUAUAUGUUUGUGGUCAUACUGCACAGGGGAGGGUUUCAUCCGAGUCCUUUGGUCUGUAUUCCAUUAAAUUUGUAGUUUUCAUCUGUCGAAAUACAGUCUUGUGAUCAACGAUAAAACAUUGUAUUGACUCGUAGUUAGAAAUUUGUAUCUGCUUGUUAGAAAUUGGUACGAGCAUAUUUGGAACAAAUCAGAAUUGAUUUUGAUGCUAUCAAGAAGCAUUGCCCCAAGAGAGUUUUUUGAGCAAAUAGCAACACAUUUAUACUAAUAAAGACAUAUUUGUGAAUUAUUGACCUCUCAAAUGGGCAAUAAUUGUACAUUAUUGCAUUUAUACCUAAAUGACUUCAAGAUUGUCUUUAAAAAAGUUCUGUGAAAGGAUGCAAGUUUUUUCUUUAAUUCAGAUGUAUUUAAUAAUCCUGAAAGUUUCUCUUUUUGAAACAGCAAAAUGUUCUGCUUUUUAAUCUAAGAUGUCCAUUUUUAGCUCAUCUGAUUUUUUGAAAAAAAAUGAUGAGUUAUUGUCAUCACUUGAGCGGUUGUCGGCGUCGGCGUCGGCGUUGCCUGGUUAAGUUUUAUGUUUAGGUCACCUUUUCUCCUAAACUAUCAAAGCUAUUGCUUUGAAACUUGGAAUACUUGUUCACCAUCAUAAGCUGACCCUGUAUAGCAAGAAACAUAACUCCAUCUUGCUUUUUGCAAGAUUUAUGGCCCCUUUUGUACUUAGAAAAUAUCAGAUUUCUUGGUUAAGUUUUAUGUUUAGGUCAACUUUUCUCCUAAACUAUCAAAGCUAUUGCUUUGAAACUUGGAAUACUUGUUCACCAUCAUAAGCAGACCCUGUACAUCAAGAAACAUAACUCCAUCUUGCUUUUUGCAAGAUUUAUUGCCCCUUUUGGACUUAGAAAAUCAGUUUUCUUGGUUAAGUUUUAUGUUUUGGUCAGCUUUUAUCCUAAACUAUCAAAGCUAUUGCUUUAAAACUUGCAACACUUGUUCACCAUCAUAAGUUGACCCUGUACAGCAAGAAACAUAACUCCAUCCUGCUUUUUGCAAGAUUUAUGGCCCCUUUUGGACUUAGAAAAUAUCAGAUUUCUUGGUUAAGUUUUUUGUUUAGGUCAACUUUUUCUCUUAAACUAUCAAAGCUAUUGCUUUGAAACUUGCAACACUUGUUGACCAUCAUAAGCUGACCCAGUACAGCAAGCAACAUAACUCCAUCCUGUUUUUUGCAAUAAUUAUUGCCCUUUUUGGACUUAGAAAAUAAUUUUCUUGGUUGAGUAUUAUGUUUAAGUCAACUUUUCUCAUAAACUAUCAAAGCUAUUGCUUUAAAACUUGCAACAGUUUUUCACCAUCAUAAGUGGACACUGAACAUCAAGAAACAUAACUCUAACCUGCUUUUUGCAAGAAUGAUGGCCCUUUUUAGACUUAGAAAAUCAUGGGUAGGACAAUAUUUCUAUUACACAAAAAAAAUCAGAUGAGCGUCAGCACCCGCAAGGCGGUUCUCUUGUUAUUGAUUGUUGCAAGUCAUUUAUUUAUAAAUCUAUAUCAAGCUGGUAGCUAGCUAGUAUUCACCCUUCAGUAAUUUGAUAAAACGUGCUCAGUCUGUAACAUAAUUACCACUUUCCUUCCACUGUCUUUCUUACCAGUGAACCAGUUAUGCAGCACAACCGUUUGAAAAUGACACAUAAUCCUGAAAGUUUCUCUUUUUGAAACAGCAGAAUGUUCUGCUUUUUAAUCUAAGAUGUCCAUUUUUAUUGAUUGUUGCAAGUCAUUUAUUUAUAAAUCUAUAUCAAGCUAGUAGCUAGCUUAAGUAUUCACCCUUCAGUAAUUUGAUAAAACGUGCUCAGUCUGUAACAUAAUUACCACUUUCCUUCCACUGUCUUUCUUACCAGUGAACCAGUUAUGCAGCACAACCGUUUGAAAAUGACACAUUUAACAAAGCAGUAUUCAUUUGUAUUUAUUAGGUUGACAGUCAUACCAACAAUAAUUAGGUCUAUUGACAACUUUUCCAGCUUUUGAUUAUGGAGAAAGACCCAAUGUGCAACUUGCAGCAUUGUCUCUUACAUGAGCGUGCCCCUGUUUAGAACCACAGACACUUCUUAUGUCAGUUGGAUGGCUUUCUAACAUGAAGAUUUCUACACCCCAUGUGAGGUUUUGAACCUUCAAUUUAGAGGGGGAAGUGAUUUAGAGUCAGUAACCUUAACUACUCUGCCAUGGAGUUCUUCAAAGAAAUAUUUAGCAGAUAGAGACAGAUUUUCUAAGGGGCUAGUACUGAUUCUUCCCAGGAAAGAAUGUAUUGCAUGUAUUGCUGCUAUACACCAGGACGUAAAAAAACGUGUCUGUUCACAAAGAGUUCCGUUAAGUUAGACGGACAAACCUGUAUCUAACAGACCUUUCGCAGUCUGAUCUUGGCUUUCUCUUGCUAUGUCCCUCUGGUCAGAUCACUCAGUAUCUGCUGGUAGAGGAUGAAUUUGGCACCUUGAGUGACUGCCUUUGUAUGUUAAGUACCUCUGAAGGUGUUUGUCAUGAAAAAGGUGCAUAAUAAAUUUGGUAUAAUAUUCUUUUUGUAUUGUCUUAUUUGCACAGUUUUUCAUCUACCAUAUUCUUACAGGGACAUAGAUUUAGAUGAAAUAAAUAUCAAAACUGUGAAAUGUGUCAAAAAUACAGUGAGAGUUGCUGGGAAUUGUUAUCUAAGUACAGGAUAAUCAAAAAAGAAAUCAAAAUAUAUAUAUGAACAUCUUUGUUUCAAAUUGACUAAAUCAUUUUGGGCUGUUUUUUUUCUACUCCAAAGCUUUUUUUUUUUAUUAAAGAAGACUGGAUCUAUGUUUCCUGUAUCUAAACUAUUAAAAAGGAAGUAAGUUUUGAUUGGUCGUAUGAUUUGAAACUCCAUUUCUCACUGGUGAUGCAGUGUGAAUUUAUUUGGGAUGGGAGCAGUCAUGGUGUAUUGAUUCAAACAACACCCUGGGCAAAUUAUAGUAUUUGUCAAGGACAUGAUUGACAGGGGACAAAUUUCUAGACAAACACUAAUAAGGACAUGUAAACCAUUUCAUGAUGGGAAUUGAUGAGUACUGCAAUCUGAUUGGUUAACAUUUUGAAAAUUUCAAAAUGAGACAACACUAUGACAUAUUAGAGAAACUCCCUAACACAGGCCUGGGGUAGUAAGUUAAUAGGUUAAUGAAAUACAGAGUGUAAGCAGUUAAAUUUCGCACACAAGAAGUGCAGUAUAUGUACAACUGUUGUAAUUGAUUUUUACCUUGUAUUACGGAUGUAAGAAGUUUGAAGGAAUAAAAACUAACAUAGAAAAGUCAAUUUAGAGGAAAAAGAACUUUGAAACAUGUGGAUAUCAUUUUCAGUCUUAAUGGUUGUGUUGGUGGGUUUGUGUGAGUGUUUCCACCUUCAGAACCAGCCCAGGGUGAGACGAUCAGUCUGUAGGCGAGCCCCACCGUGUUGCCCCGGGCAUGUGUGCCGAGCCUACCAGAGGUUUGAUGCUUCCAGACCUGUAGCUGCUUGUGCAAGAAGCCUCGACAGCAGACCUCUGUAUGCACCUGGAUCACAAGCUCAGCAAAGAAUUUGUGGUGCUGGUUCCCGUGGUCUCACCAGUAUUGGUUCCCGUUCCCCAGGAUCUCCCAGAAGGCAGCCUGUAACGCGAGGACUUCGCCAGUUAAGAGGUAGUCUGUCACCAGGGUUUGAAAUGAACUCUGGGAUUGGUCAGUCACAAACUGGAGUAAGGCAAGGAGGAGGUAUACGUGGCACUGGAAGAGAAGGAAAUAGAUUUGGACCUUCUUCACGCUUAUCAUGGGAUCAAGGCAGAACACAGCUUCCACAAAGAUUUCCAGGACAGACUAUGCAGAUGCCAGGACAAGAUGUUAUGGGUCAAGGUCAGAUGGGAUUCCCUGAUUUUCCACCUAUGCCAUCAUUUGGAGAUCAACUUUCUCAGCCAGACUUGUUCCCUGCUGGCCUUAGUCCAGAACAAAGCUUAGGAGGUCAACCAAACACAUUUGCUUCAUUGCCUGGACAGCAAGGAUUUGGUCAGGGUCAAAGGUCAUUUGGUACAAUGGAUGAACAAAGGUUUGGUUUAGGUGGGUCUGUACGAGGACAAGGUCAGCAAGGUUUUGGAGGUCAGUUUCCAUCAGGACAGAGCUUCCAAUCAGGACAGAGAGGUCGUGGAGGUCAAGCUAGUUUUGAUCAAGGUCAGGUUGAUUUGAGACAGCCCCAGUCUUCAUUUGGGGGUCAAUCGUUCGACAGUCAAUCAUUUGGUAGUCAGUCUAUGGGUGGUCGUUCAUUAGGUGGUCAGUCGUUUGGUAGAAGGCAGUCUUUUGGUGCAGGACAGUCUUUUGGUGGAAGGCAAACCUUUGGAGGAGCAGAUUUCGGUCAGUUGCCAAGUUCAGCUGGUGGAGGAAGCGCUCCACGACCUUUCCUUGUGGAGCAACCACCCAUAUCAGCCUCUUCGAUAAGUGGUGUCCAGGAACAAGGGCAAGGACAGUCGGGUGCAGCACAGCCUCAGCAACCUAGAACUUAGGGUCAAGGUGAUAUAGAAAAAAAAAGUUUUACAGUUAAACUUACAAAAGCUGUGAUUAGUUUGGAAAUUUUCAAACACCAGAUAGCCUUGUAUCUUCAUUUUACUUGUAUUUAAGGAAUAAGUAAUUUGAUUUCAUUCCUUAACAUGUCCUUAAGAUGACAUUCAAUGUUACCAUGCCAGAGGAGUGUAAACUGUCACACAAGAAGUGUAGAGCAAGUGGUGAAGUACUAAAUACAAACGAUAUAAAUUGCUGCUGUGUAGCAUAGCUUGAAAACCAAGAUCAAGUUAAUAUCUUAUCCCACAAUCUGCUUUAAACAAUGUAUUGUUAAUUGAUUAUUUCAUAAUAUUUUCCAAUAGAUGUAUUCAUUCUUGCUAGACUCAAUAUAUUAUACAUUUAAAUAAUUAAAGUCACAAUGGUAGUAGCUCUAGAAUCCUGACCAUGUUGGGGUUCCCAUUCUGACCCAAAGUAUUCAGAGAAGGAAAGUU